CUCUGCUGCCUGGCUGCCUGGAUGGUGCGUUUCAGGAGCGCACGCAGGACGGCGCCGGGGUUUCCCUUCUUCUUCUGUCGGAUGGAGACGGGGCUGAGGAGGGACCAGGUCCGGUCGGCGGAGACCAACCCCGGAGUAAGGACUCUGCGUUUGUAAAAGAAAAAGAGGAAACCGGGAGAGCGGACACGCGAGAGAGAGACAGAGAGAGGGGAGACACGGGGGAGAUCCUCCGUCAUCUGAAGGUCUCCUGCCUCUCUUCCAAGGUGUGUCUCUGGGAUUGUGUUUAACAUGCACACUCCCAAGAGUGUGUAGUUGUAGAGCCAAGAGGUGUGUUUAGUGUGUGUGUUUGUGUGCGUGUGUGUGUAUACUUGAAGUGAAGAGAUGGGCUCAGUGGGAGCGGAACGCCGCAGGCCCACGCCAGUCCAGACGCCAGAAGAGAGGGAUGUGUGGCGGGAUGGAGGAAGGGCUGGAUGGAGGGAUGUGGGGAGGGAGGGCUGGAGAGAGGGAAGAGAGAGCGGCGUGGUGCAGAGCUACAGCUUCGACUCGUACCAGCUGGAGGAGGAGGAGAUCAAUAAAGACGCCCCAGAGCGAGGAGUGCUGGCUCUGUCCGAGCCCGACUUUGAGGAGCCGAUCCCUGACGACCGUUACCAUGGCAUCUACUUUGCAAUGCUAUUGGCUGGAGUGGGUUUCCUGCUUCCCUACAACAGCUUCAUAACUGACGUGGACUACCUGCACCACAAGUUUGAAGGCACUUCCAUAGUGUUCGACAUGAGUCUGACGUACAUCCUGGUGGCUCUGUUGGCCGUCAUCCUCAACAACGUGCUGGUGGAGAGACUCAGCAUGCACACCAGAAUUACUGUGGGUUACAUCUUGGCUCUGGGGCCAUUGGUCUUCGUCAGUGUAUUUGAUGUCUGGCUGGCAAAGUUCACCACAAGGCAGGCUUACAUUAUCAACCUUGUGUCAGUGGGAGUGGUAGCCUUUGGAUGUACAGUGCAGCAGUCCAGUUUCUAUGGUUACAUGGGGAUGCUGCCCAAGAGGUACACACAGGGAGUGAUGACUGGAGAGAGUACAGCCGGGGUGAUCAUCUCCCUGUCUCGCAUCUUCACCAAGCUGCUGAUCACCGAUGAGAGAAGGAACACACUCAUCUUCUUCCUCGUCUCCAUCAGCAUGGAGAUGCUCUGUUUCCUGCUCCACCUGCUGGUCCGGCGCUCCAGAUUCGUCCGCUACUACACCAACCACGCCCAGGGCAAAGACCCAGGCAAAGGUCACGACCCGCGCGACAAUGGGACUGGAUACAGGGUUCACCACGAUGUCACUGCAGAGGAAGUAAGAUUUGGAAAUGGUGGGACAGGACCGUCCUCUACAGAAGAAGGCGCAGAGGACUUUGUUGGUGGUACCUAUGUGCGAUUUGAUGCCCCAAAAGCCAAGAUAAGGAGGAGCUGGCCCGGUGUCCGUGACAUGAUCCUGCAUCGUUACGUGGUGUCCCGUGUGAUCUGGGCCUACAUGCUGUCUAUAGCAGUGACCUACAGCAUCACUCUGUGUCUGUUUCCUGGGCUGGAGUCAGAGAUACGAAACCCCACCUUAGGGGAAUGGCUCCCCAUCCUCAUCAUGGCCACCUUCAACAUGUCGGACUUUGUUGGCAAGAUCUUGGCAGCGCUGCCAUACGACUGGUCUGGAGGCCGCCUGCUCUUCUUCUCCUGCCUCAGGGUGGUCUUCAUCCCUCUGUUCGUCAUGUGCGUUUACCCGGCCAACGCACCCACCCUGUCCCAUCCCGCUUGGCCCUGUCUCUUCUCCCUCCUCAUGGGAGUCACCAAUGGAUACUUCGGGUCUGUGCCGAUGAUUCAGGCCGCUGGCAAAGUGCCACCUGAACAGAGGGAGCUGGCAGGGAACACCAUGACAGUCUCCUAUAUGACAGGUUUGAUGGUGGGCUCUGCUGUGGCGUAUGCAGCGUACAGCUUCACCGCUCCAGGAACAGGAACACACUUCUCCGCGCUCAACAUACACACACCUGCCAACGGCACAGGGUUCUGAAUGUCUACACACAAUGAAAACACCCACACACAGAGAUAUGGACGUAAAACACACAUACAUGUACACACACCUAUCAGCCAUUUACACAAGAAGCAGCACAGACUGAUGGACUUCUGAUAGAUAGAUUCUCCUCUCAUUGGCUAAAGGAAGUGGAAUAAGAGACUAAAUGUGAAAUGUAGCGUUGAAGGAAAUGAUGUUUAAACAGUGGAAACGUAGCAGAUUUCUUCACUCACUCAUUCUCCAGCCUGGCGAUCCAGUGACCUUCAUGUGCUUGGCUGUGAUGAACUUUCCCCUGGAGGUGAAGAACAGGAGCUGUGCACCUGUCAGCCCUUUGAGUGUCUCACCGCGUAAUUACUGUCUGCAUGUGUGUGAACAGAUCGGCUGACAUUUGUUACAGUGUAAAGUCAAGUGAUAUCUCACAGUGGGGAAUGAGCGUGUCACAGUUUUCAAGGAGACCUCGUGUCUUGGGUCACAUUACAUUACAUUUCAUGAUCUCUCUGAACUGUUGUUGCUCAAAAUAGAGAUAUGAUGUCAGUGUGGAUUUUUCUGGACUGGUUGUUUCAGAUGUUUCCUCAUUAUAAUCUCCUGCGAUGAAAAUAUGACUGAUAUUUUUUGACACUGAGUUCCAUCCAUGGGGAUUUGAUUUGGUUAAUGUUAUCAAAAACCUCCACCUGCACCAUUUAAAAACAACAACAGUGACUUUAAAGGUGCUAUAUAUAAGUUUUUGCUAUUGCUACAUAGCCAGUGUUAGCAUUAACAGCUGUUUACUUACCAAGAGCCUCAGCCAUUGUUGCCUCUGUGCAGCGCUACUUUGUCAUCCUCUCAUGUUGGACUGAGGACAGACUGGGGUUAGCUGGUUAGCAUGCUAACUUCAGUGGAGCAAAAGAGGUGAUAGAAACAGGAAUAAAGCAAGAGUUAACACUGGUGUUGCUUUUCAUCGCUGGAGACAGCUCUUGAUGAGUAAAAGAAUGAAGUUUGAUGUUUAAUGCUAAUGCUGGCUAUGAAGCAGUAGCAAACACUUACAUAUAGCAUCUUUAAGGGAGUCCAUUUUAAUUCACAGAGUCUUUAGCUUCAGUAAAAUGAUGUUUCUCUUAGAAUAAUGGAAUAUGUGGACUCACAUAUGUAUAAUUAUGAGAGGGAUUUAAACAAUUGGAAAUACAAGCAAAGUCUUUGCCAACUCAGAACCAAACACACCCUACAUACAAAUGUAUAUACAAUAUGAGUCAUCAAAACAUUUUGAUACAUUUUACAGGAAGAGAAAAAAAGAGGGACUUUGAUAUAAAAACAUAUAUUAAGCAUGUAACGAGAUAUAACUGAGCAGUUAACACAGCGACACAGAAUUGGAACUUGGAAAAUUAACUUUUUAUUUUACUGUGUCCUUAAGGGGGGUUACAGUUUUCGUUUAAUGACAUACAACUGUCACACAAGAUACUGUCAAAACUCAGUUUCCUUUGAGUUGUUGAGUUUUUCUAGACAGUAUCACAUCACAUCAGAUCUUUAUCUCCCCUCACCAAAAGGCGUACUGAAAUCUUUCCUGUCCAUCUUUCAACUCAGUUGUAUUUAUUUUCAUUUUUAAUUCUCAUGAGCCUUAUAUAGUAUAUCUGGGGGAAAAAAAAAGAAAUGAAUAAUGUUAAACCUUUUUGCGGUCAUUAUAAUUAUCUUUAUUGGCACUAGCAGCUGCUCUUCCCUGUUACACCAGUGCUAAAAGAAGAAGAGAAGGAGCAGAUUUCAGUCUGUUCAGUGAGGUUCACAUCACUUCGUGCACCCCCUGAUGGCUGAGAGGAGAACAAAAUGUUGGUAUGAAUUUUCAUAGAUGGCUUGUGUCCCCUCUUUGUCCCUCUGAACUGUGUAUGUGUUUAACGUCCAUGUAAUGAUGUGGGAUAUUAUGAGAGGGAAAAAAACAAGUAGUGCCAAAAACUCUGCCUGUUUCUGAUCAGUGAUAAUAGCUGAGAAAAAAGUGAAUGUAAAGUUGUAAAUGUACAGAAUAAAAUACACUCAAGGCAGUGAAGAGCUUUUUUUUUUUAUCCACAUCAGAGCCUGUAGAAAGUAUCAGACUCAUAUCUUUUGUAACUGCGUAGCUUUAUUUAGCUGAGGUGAUCUGGAAAGUACCUGUUUCCUUUAGUUUUAUUUUUUUUCCAACACAGACGCAGCAGCCUCCCCAGCUUCUCAGUUCCUCCACGUUUCCUGUUGGAUUUGAUUAAUUUUUCAGCAAUAAGAGGAUCAGCAGAGUUCAGCGUUUAUGCAUUAUGAAGAAAACAGGCCUCUUUGUAGAAAGCCACAAAGUGCACUACAUUAUGUAGGUGACGGCUUGAAUGGGGCCCAAUGUCGGUGCUGUUUGAAAAAUGGUGGGGUGCCAUUUGGGAGCUAACCUCAUUAUUGUAUGUAGUAGGUCCUGCUGUGCUGAUGGUGCCAUACUGCCCAGGGCCAAUCUGCUCUCAGUGAGCUGCUGAGUUUGAAGGUGUUUUUAGUUAUUUUUGGUCAGAUGUGUCAUUAAAGGACAUAAAAAGUCUCUUUACUCUCAUUUCUCUCUUUCUCUGGUGGAAACUACAGGGGCAUUUUGAGAGAAGGGAGAGCCCACUUUUAAAGAAUUGCACCAAUUGAAGCUACAUUUGAAAUAACAAGGGUAAUUUCCUUGGACCCAGUGUGGUGAUUUCCCAUUGCUAUAACCAGCUUAAACUUUAAACUGUUCAGUGGAGAGAAAAUGACACUUUGAUUGUUUAAAAAAAGACACUUUCAAAUCUUAUAAAUAAUCUCCUGUAAGAACAACUGUGUGCACACUGGAUUUUUUUUUCUCUCGCAAUGAAUAAUUUAUCAUUUCACAUUUUAUUUUUGGCAUUAGCUGACAUUUUUAUCCACAGUUACAUAUGAUGAGUUUAACAGCACUAAAAUGUGAUCACUAAAAAUAAAGAUGGCCGACUGCAGGGAGAGCAGAGGUCAGAGACACAGGGCUGUGGAGCAGAGAGGAAAGAUAAUCAUCAGGUGAUGUUUUUGCCCCUGAUAGAGGAUGUCUCUGGAGUUGGCUCUGCAGCUCUGGAUGAGUUGAUUGUACUGUUGCAUGCAAACAUUCUGGCCUGUUUAAAAAAUGUAAAUUCUGCAUUUUAUUCUCAAGGUCUCGUAUUUGUCAGCUUGCCAUGUAACUUCCUGUUACUGUGUUUUUUUUCAUACCAGUUACAGUUUCUCACCAUGAACAGCAAAGAAUUUCCUCGGAAACCGUGUCAUAGUGACUAUUUUAGACUGUGCACUGUGAAAUAUCAGUAUGGUGUAAAAUCAACGAGACUGAACACAGAUGUUUAUAUGUAUAUAUCUACUGUAACAAAAUAUUUUGCAGACGAAAUUUGUGACAAAAGAAUAGAAGAGAAUUAAGAGCUUUAGUGAGUUGGGUGCAGUGAGCUGAAUUUGGCCAUUUUGCUGGUGUCAUUAUUGCAUGAUGGUUGGGUAUGAAAUUAGCUUUUGAUGUAAAAUCCAUACAUGUAACUAAAGGGUUCAACAGCCAGACUCUAGCUGAUUAUUCUGAUGACGUCUGGCCUGUUUUUUAAAAUGGAAGGAAAAUUACCUCAUGAUUUGAACCAGGACUGGGUGCAAAUUGUAGCCAUUCAACUCACAGUGUUUAAUUCCAAACAUUAUUUCUGCCUAAAAAAUCAUAUAUGUGGCUUAACCCAUCAAAAUGCAGCUGAUAUCACGCUCCUAACCUGCUAACUUGUCAGAGCAGGUACCAAAUUCUCCAAUAAUGUGAGCUGACAUUUUAUUUUGUUGUGCAUAAGCUUCAUGAUUUCAGUUUAAGACAAUGGAUUUUCCCAAAAAGUUUGUGCCCAACAUUGCACCAUCAGCAGCGCUUAAUAAACAGUUGUUUAUA